GUCGCCUGCAACGUUACUUGCAGACAGCAUACGCUCAACCUCACGGCUUUGGACAGUCUCGCUAUCGGUUUGCACGCCAUGAAGACAUCAAAGCGCAAGUCACGAGCUCGGAAAGCUACCUACAUUGCAUUCGGCUUAGUCGUGCUAGCUACCGCGUCGUGCGCGAACGCAGAGGUUAUCUCCAAUGAUCCGCGAACAGACCAGCUCAUAGACCCCGCAACGGAAGCUGCGCGAGCCUACAAGCAGGCUAUGCUGACACUAUCCCACAUGAACGCACAUCCUUAUGCGUAUCGGGAAGAGACACCGCAUGUCCCGUAUGGUGCGCAGGGGUACCCGACGUCGUUUUGGUCUGUACUCCUGCCAAACAUGCAAGGCCAAGGGCCCAUUGCCAGUGCUAUGCGGAUAGCGCUGAAGCUUCGACACCAGACAUGGAUACCCUCGUUUGUGACGAAGUUCUUGGGGAAGGAGCUUGGUGGAGGGCGCAAGAAAGAGGAGGAGCUGCAGAGCAAAGCUGUCAAGGUUUUGGACCUUCUGCAGCAUGCCGCAGAGUUAGGGCACACAGACGCGUUAUAUGCGCUUUCUCAGCUGUACUUGCUCCCGCCAAAUAACUUCUUCCCUGCAGAGUCGGCCCUAGCCUACGAAGCCCUCAAUAAUCACGCGUCCAUCACUGGCAAUGCAUCUUCACAAGCUCUGCUUGGCUUCUUCCAUGCUACUGGCUACCACGACUCAGUGCCAGUUGACCAGGCCAAGGCUCAACUAUACCUUACCUUCUCUGGACACGGCGGACACAAGGGCGCCCAAAUGGCCAUGGGAUAUCGCUAUUGGAGUGGCAUUGGUGUUGCAGAAGACUGCAUGACGGCGCUCGGCUGGUACGAGCAAGCUGCAGAACAAGCUAUCGCAAAGUUCAUGUCGGGUCCUCCAGGUGGCAGGACUCUUCCACUAAUACCUCCGCGCUUAUCUGACCUCGAAGGCGGCGUGUAUGGCCCUGGAGCAAGUGUGGCGUCCACCGGCUUGAAUGCUGCUCGGCCUGUAAUUAAAACUGCCAACGCACGUGCUGCUGGCGAGACUUGGGAUGAUCUUCUGGAGUAUUAUUCAUUCAAUGCAGACCGUGGCGAGGUCGACUUUGCCUACCGCUUGGGCAAGAUCUUUUACCAAGGCAGCAUAUACGGCUCUCUCGGUGGUAUUGCUUCUGGGGGAGACGGUGCAAGCAGAGUACAGCGUGAUUUUCACACCGCGAGGCACUACUUUCUCCACAUCGCCCGCCAAGUCUGGCCCCGAGACCCUGCCAACCCUAAGCAAGCCCAGCCAUCAUCAAAAGAAGAACGGGUGCCGAAUGCCGGUUACGCUGCGCUAGCUGCUGGCUAUAUCGGGCGAAUGUUACUGCGUGGCGAAGGCAUGAAGCAGGAUCCCGUCAUGGCGAAGCUGUGGUUCGAGCGGGGCGCUGAGUACGGUGAGAAGGAAUCUUUCAACGGCUUGGGCAUCAUAUGGCGCGAUGGGCUGGUGGAUGGAAAGAAAGAUAUACAAAAGGCCAUGGCGUACUUUCAGGCGGCGGCCAGUCAAGAGCUUGCUGAGGCUCAGGUACAACUUGGCAAAUAUCACUAUGCGCGCAGUGAGCUCAAGCUUGCUACCGCUUUCUUCGAGGCCGCCAUCCGCCAAGGUUCACCCUUUGAAGCGUACUACUAUCUUGCCGACAUCCAGGCCCGUAUCGCCCGAAGCCCGACUACUCCUCCUGAUAUUGCAGGCAGCUCUUGUGCAAUUGCCGUCUCUUUCAGCAAACUCGUUGCAGAGCGCGGCAUCUGGGAAGAGAACCUGCUUCGCGAUGCCGAAGUUGCGUGGAGCUCCGGCACGACGCGGGGGAAGGAGCUUGCGAUGCUGAAGUGGUGGGUCGCUGCUGAACGCGGCUUCGAGGUCGCGCAGAACAAUCUCGCGUUCGUUCUUGAUCAAGACAAAAGUAUCCUCCGCUUCACGAGAUUCGCGCCCUACUUUCCUUCAAAUGACACCGCUCGCCUGGCUCUAACUCAAUGGACGCGUUCCGCCGCCCAACGGAACAUUGAUGCGCUGGUCAAAGUUGGGGACUACUACUACCAUGGUCUCGGCGUUCCAGACGAGCCGGCAUCAAUCCGCUACGAGAAGGCUGCAGGGUACUAUCAGUCUGCUGCCGAUACUCAGAUGAGCGCGCUAGCGAUGUGGAAUUUGGGAUGGAUGUACGAGAUGGGCAUGGGUGUCCCGCAGGACUUCCAUCUUGCCAAGCGCCAUUACGACUUGGCAUUAGAGACGAACAGCGAAGCGUAUGUACCUGUAAUCAUCUCGCUUGUUAAGCUGCACGCGAAGAGCUUGUGGUAUGCCCUGCUGGGCGGGCCGGACAACCUAAACCUGUGGAAUUACGAUUUGGAAGAAGAGCAAGCCGUCCAGGCCGCGACUGGCUACUACGAGAUUGACGAGGGCCAGAGUGCCCAGUCAGAAGACAUUUAUCAUGCUGAGGAGGAAGAUGGACCGUGGUACCCUGGCCGAGCUCGCGAAGAGUUUAAUCGUCGCCGUCGAGGACAAGACCGGGCAGAUAUCAAUGAAGACGAUGACCCAGUACAGUGGGCAAGAAACCGGAGGCGAGAAGAGAGCGAACGUGAGGGCGAUUUCGGACCCGAAGACUAUUUUGAAGGUGCUUUGCGUGGUGGCUAUCGCGGCGAAGAAGAGGUUGACCAGUUGAUCGAGACCAUGGCCUUGGUGCUCCUAUGCGUGACAGUGUCGGUGCUGCUAUACAUUCGUAGACGGUGGGUAGAGCGUCUUCGGCGAGAAGAACAACAGAGGCAACGGCAGCAGCAGCAAGGGGCUGUGCAAGGCAACGGAGCUGCCCGGCCGCCUCAGGCUGGCGGACUGUACCCAGCUCCGAGAGAUCCUCCUCGUGAACAAUGGCCCGGUGGUGUCCAAUAGUUCCCUUAUGUUGCUUGCUCUGCUGUAUACAUCUUCACAAACAAAGUGCUUGGAAG